UAUUUUCCUUUCCUGUCAAUCCAUAAAACAAUUUUUUUCCCUACGGAGUAAAGCAAUUCAUAUUUGAAGUUUACACUUUUGGGUUUAUUUCUUACACCAUACUUGAAAUCUGUUAACAAGAAAUGCAGUUUAGGGAUCUCAGAAGCUGAACAGAGGAUGCUACUUACAAUUUUGAGUGGCUGGCUUUUUGUGGAGAAGAGGAAGCUUGUCCAGUUGUUCCCAGAACCGGUGAGGAAACUAUGGAACGAUUGGGAGCUACGAAUAAUGGUCUUGAUCAGCCUUACCUUGCAAAUAUUAUUAAUUGUCAUGGGCAACCGCAGAAAGUACAAUCCGGGAACUUGGCUCAGAUUUUCCAUUUGGUCUGCAUACCUAAUGGCAGACUGGGUAGCAACUGUUGCACUUGGUGUCCUCUCCAAUAAGCAAGGAAAUUCCUGUACCUGUGCUGCCAACAAAACUGAAACUAUAGAUGAGGAGCUCAUGGCAUUCUGGGCACCUUUUCUCUUGUUGCAUCUCGGCGGCCCAGACACGAUUACUGCUUAUGCUUUAGCAGACAAUGAGUUGUGGAUAAGGCACUUUCUUGGACUAGUUGUCCAAACUCUUGUAGCAUUGUAUGUCACUGUCACGGCUUGGAGUGGAACUUGGCUCUCAUUCUUGACAAUUCCCAUGCUUGUUACAGGGGUGAUAAAGUAUGGAGAAAGGUCAUUAGCCUUGAGGUCAGCAAAUCGGGAGCAGUUUCUUGAUUCCUUGCUUGAGCCUCCUGAUCCUGGCCCCAAUUAUGCUAAAUUCAUGGAGGAAUUCACUUUGAAAAAGUGUGAAGGGUUUAGUGUCUUGGCCAUUGAAGUGAUUGAGGAAGCUGACCAGUCUCGUGCCCGCAAUGUCAACAACAAUGGUGCUGCUAAUAGUCGGACAUUAUUGCUCUCCGCAUACAACUUCUUCCAAACUUUCAAGCGGCUCUUUGUAGAUCUUAUUCUUAGCUUCCAAGACCGUGACCAUAGCCAGUCUUACUUCAAGGAUCUCUCUUCAGAAGAUGGUUUCAAGUUAGUUGAAAUUGAACUUGGAUUCGCAUAUGAUGUUUUCUACACCAAAGCACCUAUAAUAUAUACUACAUGGGGAUGCAUUUUUCGCUUCAUCAGUCCCUCUUUAACCAUUAUAGUGUUGGGGGUGUUCCAGUUUGUUGAUAAGGGCAAUCAUCUCAUGACUGAUCUGGCCAUUACUUACAUACUGCUGAUCGGAGCUAUUAUUCUGGAAUUCUAUGCUGUCAUUUUGCUACUCUACUCCGACAGGACAAAGCUAUGGUGGAGUAAGCAUGAAUUUCCGUUUUCUCCAAAAAUAUGCUGUUUUGGAUCACUGGUCUCUCGACUAAUUUCUUUUUUUAAACCAAUACUUUCUCGCUUAAUCUCUGGUUUUCAAUGUAUGGUUUCUCCAGUUUCCAAGUUUUUUCCACCUAUGGUUUCUCGAAUGUUUUCUUAUUCUCUACCCUCUAAUAAAAUGAAGUGGUCAAAUUCCUUGGCUCAGUACAAUUUGCUAAGCUUCGCCCUUCAAGAUAAUCUUGUACCUUGUCUGGAAGAUAAAUGCCAUCUUUUCCUAAAGAUUGUGAAACAUAUACCACCAUUGGAGAAGCGCCUGCAUAGAUAUCAUUGCAACAUCUCUCCUGAACUGAAAUCUUGGAUCUUCAAGCACUUUCUGAGAAAAUCAAAGGACACCACAGAGAAGGACAACAAAGAAAAAUCAGAGGAGGUCAUCGCAUCUUUAUGUCGUGCAAGAGGCAAUCUUGUUUUUGAACAGAAUAACUGUUUUCCCUCGUUCAAAUGGACAACUGAGUUAGAAUUCGAUCAAAGCAUUCUUGUCUGGCAUGUUGCUACAGAUCUCUGCUAUCACUCAGAUGGGGUUAAAGACCUAGCUGUCAAAAGUUGGAGCAAGAACCUUUCAGACUACAUGUUAUAUCUUUUAGUCAUGUGUCCUUUCAUGCUGCCCAUUGGGAUUGGGAUGAUCAGGUUUCGAGACACUUGUGAGGAGGCCAAGCAAUUUUACAAGGAAAAGGGUUUGUCAUUUAAAGACAAGAGUCACAAGACCAAACUAUGCAAGAUGUUGCUUGAAGUGAGUACUGAAGUUCUUCCAACUAAGGUAAAAGGGGACAGGAGCAAAUCUGUGCUAUUCAAUGGAUGCAGACUUGCACGUGAAUUGCUUGAAAUGGACAGAGAGAAGAAGUGGGAGUUUGUUUGUGACGUGUGGAUAGAGAUGCUAGGCUACUCAGCCAGUCAAUGCAGAGGAUACUAUCAUGCUCAACAGCUGAUGAAAGGCGGGGAGCUUCUCACUCAUGUCUGGCUUCUUAUGGCACAUCUAGGUAUUACACAACAAUUUCAAAUAAACCGAGGCCAUGCCAGAGCCAAGUUGGCUGUGUACUGAGUAUAUACAUACUUUUGUAUUAUUAUUAUUAUUAUUGAUGUGAACGUGGCUAACUUUUUCAAGAAUAAAAACUCUGAAAACUCAUUAAGAA